AUGCCCUACCCCGAUGGUAUCCCCGGUGUGCCGGGCUCUGCCCCGCUGCAGCAGCAGCAGCAGCCUCUCGACCCUGCAGCUGUCAAGUUGACCCGGGGCACCAGCUGUGUACUCUGUCAGCAGCGCAAGGUCCGCUGCGACAAGAACAAGCCCUGUGCCAACUGCGUCAAGGCAAAGGUUGAAUGCCGUGUCAUUCCUCCUCAACCUCCCCGACGCCGGAAGAAGCGUCUACAAGAGAAAGACUUGAUUGAUCGACUCAAGAAGUAUGAAAGUCUUCUGGCUGAGCAUGGUGUCAAGGUUGAUGCCAUCGGCCAUGAGUUAAGACCUGAUGGACCACCAGGCGAUGAUGUUGACGAGCUGGAGAACGAUUUUGAAGGCCUCAAGACAUCGCCCGAGGCUAGCUCCUCUCCUGCUGCCUCUCAAUUCCGAGCAAGUGAGCAUAUGCUCCAAGACUCCUCAGAAGAUGAGCCUGAAGUUGGCUCUACCAUUCACCGUGCCUUUGACCGCAUGUUUGCGACUGAUGGCUUCCCCUUUAUAAUCGGCGGCCCCCUUGGCCCCAUCACCCAACUUCAUCCUUCUACCAUUCACAUCUUUCAGCUCUGGCAGAUCUACAUUGAAAACAUUAACCCUUUACUCAAGAUUACACAUAUCCCUACGGUGCAGGCACAAAUCAUCGAGGCGAGCUCCGACAUGGCAAAUAUACCAAGUAAUAUCGAAGCUCUUAUGUUUUCCAUUUACUUCAUGGCCAUCACGUCUCUGGAGGACGCCGACGUUUAUAAACGUUUCAACGAGUCCAAGAAAGAGCUUCUGGCGAGAUAUCAUUCCGGUACUCAGCAAGCUCUCACCAAGGCUGGCUUCAUGCGUGUCAACGACCCCAUUCUCCUACAGGCAUACAUCCUCUACCUCUUCGCUGUUCGGUGGUUCGUCGACCCUCGACAAGUCUUUUGUCUUAUUGGACUUGCUGUCCGUAUAGCCCAGCGUAUGGGCCUUCACCGGGACCCAGGCCAAUUUGGUCUUCCUCCGUUUGAGGUUGAACAGCGUCGUCGAAUGUGGUGGACCCUCGUUGGGUACGACCGUCGGCUGGGAGAAAUGUCUGGAUCAACCGUCACGGCCCUCUCCAGCGGUGGUGACUGCAAACUACCCCUGAAUGUCAACGAUUCAGACUUACACGUCGACGGCAAAGAGAUGCCAACACCACACACGGGACCAACCGAGAUGCUCUUUGCCCUCACACGCGUUGAGCUCGCCAUGGCAGUUUCGAGUGACAGUAACCGUGACAGCUACAAGUUGAACAACCAAGAAAAGAGCCCAGCAGCCACACCUGCUGGCUCUCGAUCAACAGCAACCAUCCGUCUUGCUGGACAGGACGGACCCUCCUAUUCCCUUGAAGGCUACUGCGCACACAUCGAGGGCACAUAUCUCAGCCAAUGCGACCCCAAGAUUCCCCUGCACUUCUUCACACUCACAAUGACCCGUCAGGCCCUAUGCAAGAUGCGCAUCCUCAGCUUUCUGGUCCGUAUGCACAAUGCCGAUCACGUACCGCUUAAGGAGAUUGAACGGGACAACCUCUUCCUCCAGGCCACGCAGAUGAUCGAGUACGACAAUGUUGUCCAAUCAUCCGAGUCCCUGCGGCCAUUCAAGUGGUACUCGAUGCACCACUUUCCCUUCCCGGCAUACAUGUUUCUCGUGCAGGAGCUGCGUCAUCGAGUCUCCGGCCCCAUGGUAGAGCGCGCUUGGGACGCCAUUUCCAAGAACCACCAGCUGCGUGGCUUGCUCAACAACUACCAUAGCCCCAUGCACAUUGCAUUCGGCGGCCACUUUAUCAAGGCCUGGGAUGCACAUGAAGCCGCCCUCAUUGCAGCUGGCAAACCCGUCCAGCGGCCCAGCUUCCUUGGGCUUCUGCGAGAGCGUGCUGAAGCCCGCCGUCGUGCCAAGGCUGAGAAUCGUCCUGACCCAGGACUCUCACAGCCUCAGAUCGGUGUCCCGCGGUCACAGGCCGAGACGCCUUCGUCUUCCGCAGGAUUCAACUCAGCCGCCGACCAGACCGCCUCUGGUUCCAUGUCUGGUGGCCAGCAAGCCAACUCAGGAUCUGUCGCCUCAAGCGAUGAGCCAGGUGAGAUGGACUGGACGUACCUCAUGUCUGGUUACAACGACGCAGGAGCAUAUCCCCCGAUGGGUGGCUUUGGAAGCUUUACCGGGGGGUUCGGCGGAGGUAUGCCUGGCCCUGGUAUGGGAGGUAUGCCGGGCGUGCCUGGGAUGGGAGGCAUGGGAAGUCCACCAGGGGGUAACAUGUUUGGCGGUAACUAGAUGGUACAGGCAACUGUUUGCGCAUGAUGUGGCACGACACACGGGGGCGUCCUUAUUUGCUUUUUUGGAGUCGAGACUGUGGGCAAGCGGGGGUGAAGCUGUUCUCUCAGGAGCGGGCGUCGAGAGGAACCUUUGACAACGAGACGGACGAGUCGAGAGAACCUGUGUUGUGCAUAUUUUAUUUUUAUAUUUUAUUGGAUACCCGGGAUGACAGGGGUAAGGGAUGCACAGAACACGCAUAUCGCCUGCAUCUGCGAUGUUUAGGACUCGCAGUGUAUGGUUUGGAACGAUAGGGAGCAGAGCACUCCUCUCACUACUAUUGUAGAUAGGUAUAUAGAACCCAACUCAGGUUACUUGAACAAGAAUAUCUAUU